AUGAAUGAAUUAUCCAACGAAUCAACUUCAACAAUCGAAUCAUCGUCGCCGCCGCCGACAGCAACUGAAUUGUCACCAGAUGAACUUCGUCGCCGUCGACUAGAAAGAUUCUCCAGUGGAAACACGCUGAAAAUUCAAACAUCGGAUAACAAUGAUAAACAAGUUUCCACCCAGCUAUCGAAUGAACUCGCUACAUGUCAAAUUGAUUCUGAACAGCCGAGUUCUGCCGAUGUGACAAACAUGGAUAUUGGUGAAAUCAUUUUUUCCGAAGGAAGUGCAAGUGGUGAACAGAGAUUACUGCAAAGUCAACAGUCAACAGGUGAUAAACGAUCUUAUGAUAUAAAUUUGACUAGUACAUCGAAAGAAUCGACGCAAUCAAAUGAAAUUGAUAGUGACGGAAGCCGAAAUAAUACAAUCAAAAAACGAAAAUCUGAAAAUCAAUUGAAUAAAGAUGAAGAAUCUGUUCUUCGUCGUAUUCUUCGACAAAUAAUGAACAUAACUGAUCAAAAUCAGUCGUUUAUCAAUGAUCUAAUCGAAUUAUCUUCUCAACGUCGAUUAAAAUCGAUUUUAUCUGAUAUAUUUCUUCGUUGUUUGACAACUACACAAACAAAUACGAUUAAAUCGUUAAUUGGACAUGACAUGAACUAUUCCAAUCAAUAUGAUUGUUAUCUGUGGUAUUUUCUAAGCAUCUAUACUCGUUGUGAUUACAAAAGCUCAACUAGCGAAGAGCGUGAUCUUAUUGAACAUUGUCGAUUAUUAUCCGUGCGAUAUUCUCUUAUGUAUAUAACAAAUAAUGAAGUCUUUUUGGAUACGUGGAAUCGAAUGUUGAAAUUCGUAGAUAUCUUACUACAUGAAUCGUCUUCCGAAUAUUUACAUACGUCUUUUUUACACGAAAUCGUUCGAAUAUCCUACACUCAAGAGCCGCAAAUGAAAACUUGUGAAAUCCUCGUUCGUGCCAUUCUUUAUCGUCUUCGUCAAACAUAUUCUGAAGCUAACGUCUAUAUUCGACUGUUGACACUGCUUUUAGCUUUGUGUGAAUAUAAAAAUGGAAACGAUCGACCAGUUUGUACGUAUCUGGUAGGAUUAAACGACUGGUUACCACAAGUUGCAUUACAAAAUGGCAAAAGUUUACAACGCAUGACACUCUUAUCGCCUGUUUUUUACAUGUCAUGCUUUGCAGAAGAUGAUAUUGAAUUACUUGUGACACAACUUGAUAAGAUCAACGAUCAGGAACAAGAUGAUGAGAACAAUCAAGAUUAUUCUGAAUACAAAGAAAAACAAAUACGCUCAAUCGUUCAAAGUCAAUUGUAUAUUGCUCGAAAAUUAAUGCAUAAAAUCGUUCUUGCUUUCUUCUCGAACAUCUCCUCACGACAAGCAAUGCUGGAAUAUUUACAAAAGUUCGUUCAAUUAAAUCGAAAACGAACACAUUUAACGGUUGAUGAAAGUCAAAUCACAGGAGAUGGUUUUAUGUUAAAUCUGACGUUUGUUCUGCAACAACUUACCUUACCAAUCGAUGUUGAACGGGUCGAUUUGAAUUAUCCAUUUUAUGCUGAUAAUUGGUUAUCGAUUCCAGCCGACCAAUCACGGUUAUACUCAACGAGCGAUGAAUUCAAAGCAUAUCAAGAAAAUAUCCAAAAACCCAACGAAAUACGAUUUCCAACCGAAUGUGCGUAUCUCGCCUUGCAUAUCAGUCAUCUAGGUCUUGUCUCCAUCGCCAAGAAACCACAGAGACGAAAUAAUAUCAUACGUGAAUUGAAUAGUGCAAUUAAAAAUCUGGAGCAAACACAAGGAACAUGGCGACAAGCCCCAACUGCUGCUCGACAUGAGGCUCAAUUGGAAAGACUUAAAAGUGAAUUAAAGAAAUAA